AUGCGCCAGUCGUCCGCAGAAGACCUCUACGAGACCGUUGUCCGAAGGGGCUUCAGGGGCUCGCAUGCGGACAUCGACCGAUGCAGUCGCCUGUACGUCGAAGACUAUCCGUUGCAGAGCAGCAUGUACGAGUUCGGCAAGGAACGGAGCGGCCACGGCCUGGUCACCAACCCGUUCUUGCACAUCGUCCCGGUGACCGACAACCCGCCUCCGCAGAUGUACGACUCGUCGGUGCCCGCCACCUGGGUGUACCCGAUCUGGAAGUACUUGUACGACGUGAGGGACAAAAGCGACACGUCGUCUGCCGGUGGUCACUAUGACGUUGCCAGGGACAGCCAUCGCCGUUACAGCAACUUCAAGACGGUCACGUACAUGGCCGGCGAAAUGGACUACUACAUGCAAGACGUGAAUCGGGCCGUCGACAACUGUCAACACUGGCGGGACAAGUACUACUGUACUUCGCCGUACCGAAAAUACGGGGGUCACCCGGACCUGCGACACUUCGGCGGAUUUCGCUCGAACAGCUUCACCACGAUGACGUCGAUCAACCCGUGGAAGUAA